AUGUCUGCUGCACAAGGGCUCCGGGUGGUACUUGCUUUCCAGAUUCACACGCCUUUGGCCACAGCUGGAGCCCCAAGUAAAGAGCAUGGGUGGCAGAUGGUGGGAAAUGGGGUUGGCCUGUGUAACACCGUGGUGUGCAGAGAAUCACGCCGUGCCUUCUGCCUGGUCCUUGUAGACCCUUCUGUGAUCAAGGGUACUGCCUCACCUUGGCAGUUAGGAGACAAUACAGAACAGAAUCUUGCCCCCAGGUAUCAUCAUGUCCAAUGGCACUGCGUGUCUGUGGACUCACUUAUCCUGAAAGUGAGCUUUACCAGGGCCUGGCCACUCAGGCUAGAGCACAGCAGAGCGCAUGGAUGA